UCGGCGGCUGGACGGGAGCGGAGCGGAGCCGAGCUGCGCUGCCAGCCUGCCCCGUCCCGAGCCGACCCGAGCGGGCAGCGCCGGGGGGGGAGCCGCCGCCCCAUGCGUUGAGGGGCGGCGGGAUGGGGCCGCGGGGCGCAGGCGGCUGGGCCGGCCGCGCCGGGGCGCCGGCUCCCGGUUGGACGUGCCUCCUGCCGUUGCUGCUGUGCGCCGCGCUCCGGAGUCUGCUGGCCAGCCCCGGCAGCGAGGUGAAUUUAUUGGACUCGCGCACAGUAAUGGGGGAUCUGGGAUGGAUAGCCUACCCAAAAAAUGGGUGGGAAGAAAUUGGUGAGGUGGAUGAAAACUACGCUCCGAUACACACGUACCAAGUAUGCAAGGUAAUGGAACAGAAUCAGAACAACUGGCUUCUGACCAGCUGGAUCUCUAAUGAAGGGGCAUCUCGCAUCUUCAUUGAGCUCAAAUUCACCCUGAGGGACUGUAACAGCCUUCCAGGAGGACUUGGGACUUGCAAAGAGACUUUUAACAUGUAUUACUUUGAAUCAGAUGAUGAAGAUGGGAGGAAUGUCAAAGAAAACCAGUACAUCAAGAUUGACACCAUUGCUGCUGAUGAGAGCUUCACAGAGUUGGACCUCGGCGACAGAGUUAUGAAGCUAAACACAGAGGUGAGAGAUGUCGGGCCCCUAACAAAAAAGGGAUUUUACCUUGCUUUCCAGGAUGUGGGUGCCUGCAUUGCCCUGGUCUCUGUGCGUGUGUACUACAAGAAAUGCCCAUCAGUGAUCCGCAACCUAGCCCGCUUUCCAGACACCAUCACGGGAGCGGAUUCCUCGCAGCUGCUAGAAGUGUCAGGCGUCUGUGUCAACCACUCAGUGACCGAUGAGGCGCCGAAGAUGCACUGCAGUGCUGAGGGGGAAUGGCUGGUGCCCAUCGGGAAAUGCUUAUGCAAGGCAGGGUACGAGGAGAAGAACAACACCUGCCAAGUAUGCAGACCUGGGUUCUUCAAAGCUUCACCCCACAGUCCAUCCUGCAGCAAAUGUCCCCCUCACAGCUACACGCUUGAUGAAGCAUCCACAUCUUGCCUGUGUGAAGAACACUAUUUUAGGAAGGAAUCAGACCCACCUACAAUGGCCUGUACAAGACCCCCCUCUGCUCCCCGGAGUGCCAUCUCAAAUGUUAACGAGACUAGUGUCUUUCUGGAAUGGAUUCCCCCUGCUGAUACUGGUGGAAGGAAAGAUGUGUCUUAUUAUAUUGCAUGCAAGAAGUGCAACUCACACUCAGGUCUGUGUGAGGCGUGUGGCGGUCAUGUCAGGUACCUCCCCCAGCAAACCGGCCUGAAAAACACCUCUGUCAUGAUGGUGGAUCUGCUUGCUCAUACAAACUAUACCUUUGAAAUUGAGGCAGUGAAUGGAGUGUCCGACCAGAACCCCGGAGCCCGGCAGUUUGUGUCUGUAAAUGUAACCACAAACCAGGCAGCACCUUCUCCAGUCAGUAGUGUGAAAAAAGGGAAGAUAACUAAAAAUAGCAUCUCCCUUUCCUGGCAGGAGCCAGAUCGACCCAACGGCAUCAUCCUGGAAUACGAAAUCAAAUAUUUUGAAAAGGACCAGGAGACAAGCUACACCAUCAUCAAAUCCAAAGAGACGACGAUUACGGCAGAUGGCUUGAAACCAGGCUCAGCGUACAUCUUCCAGAUCCGAGCCCGGACAGCUGCCGGCUACGGUGGCUUCAGCCGAAGAUUUGAGUUUGAAACCAGCCCAGUGUCAGUAGCUGCAUCCAGCGACCAGAGCCAGAUUCCUAUAAUUGUUGUGUCUGUAACAGUGGGAGUCAUUCUGCUGGCUGUUGUUAUCGGUUUCCUUCUCAGUGGAAGUUGCUGCGAUCAUGGCUGUGGGUGGGCUUCUUCUCUGCGUGCUGUUGCCUAUCCGAGCCUAACAUGGCGAUGUGGCUAUAGCAAGGCUAAGCAAGAUCCAGAAGAAGAAAAGAUGCAUUUUCAUAAUGGCCACAUUAAGCUGCCUGGAGUAAGGACCUACAUUGACCCCCACACCUAUGAGGACCCUAAUCAAGCCGUCCACGAGUUUGCUAAGGAAAUUGAAGCUUCGUGCAUAACCAUUGAAAGAGUUAUCGGAGCUGGUGAAUUUGGGGAAGUCUGCAGUGGGCGGCUGAAGCUGCAGGGAAAGCGUGAGUUUCCGGUGGCUAUCAAAACCCUGAAGGUGGGCUACACAGAGAAACAGAGGAGAGAUUUCUUGGGAGAAGCAAGCAUCAUGGGGCAGUUCGACCACCCCAACAUCAUCCACCUUGAAGGCGUUGUCACAAAAAGCAAACCAGUAAUGAUAGUGACUGAAUACAUGGAGAACGGUUCUCUGGAUACAUUUUUAAAGAAGAACGAUGGGCAGUUCACGGUCAUUCAGCUGGUCGGGAUGCUGCGAGGCAUCGCGUCAGGAAUGAAGUACCUGUCUGACAUGGGUUAUGUACACAGAGAUCUGGCCGCCAGGAAUAUCCUAAUCAACAGCAACUUAGUCUGCAAGGUGUCAGACUUCGGCCUCUCCAGAGUCCUAGAAGAUGACCCUGAAGCAGCUUACACAACCAGGGGAGGGAAGAUCCCCAUCCGAUGGACAGCACCCGAAGCGAUCGCCUUCCGCAAAUUCACAUCGGCCAGCGAUGUCUGGAGCUAUGGCAUUGUGAUGUGGGAGGUGAUGUCCUAUGGCGAGAGGCCUUACUGGGAAAUGACAAACCAAGAUGUGAUUAAAGCCGUGGAGGAAGGCUAUCGCCUGCCAAGUCCCAUGGACUGCCCUGCUGCUCUCUACCAGCUAAUGCUUGACUGCUGGCAGAAAGACCGCAACAGCAGGCCCAAGUUUGACGAAAUUGUCAGCAUGCUGGACAAGCUCAUCCGCAACCCAAGCAGCUUGAAGACGUUGGUUAAUGCAUCAAGCAGAGUAUCAAAUCUGUUGGUAGAGCACAGUCCAGUCGGAAGCGGUGCCUACAGGUCGGUGGGUGAGUGGCUGGAAGCCAUCAAAAUGGGCCGAUACACGGAGAUCUUCAUGGAGAAUGGAUACAGUUCGAUGGAUGCUGUGGCUCAGGUGACCCUAGAGGACGAAUCACCUUGUGAAAAGUGGAGCCUCACCCUCCACCCCCUCUUUCCAACUGGAUAUCAGACUUGAAGGCAACCUUUCCAGUGGACCAGACCUGCUCUUUAAACUUGUGGACCACCUAGUGACUUUGAGUGUGUCUGGAGCUCUUUCAAUCCACUGCAAGAAUAACUUUACCAGGACAAUACUCAAGAAUAGAUAGAUCCAUGACAUGAGUUUCAGUCUGACCCUUGACUGGACCAAUUACUAACCAUGUGGACUACAUACUUCCACCUUUUGAAAGACCUGUACUCACUGAAUCUCAGGACACCCUGUUGUUUGUUAUUAGAUUAAGAGCUCUGAAUAUUUGUAAUAAUAUGUGCUGUGUUGCUUUGCAUUGUAUAUUUUUUUUUUCUAAAAUAAAAUAAAUUAUUUAUUAAAAGUUAUACUGGAUGAAGAGUGUUUAAGAGUUCACCUGCUCUAGAUGCUUACACUUAACCUGAAAUCUCAGUCCUGAGAUUGUGAUACUGCGUCUGCUUCUGGACAAACCAGUUCUCAUCUCCUAAUCAAGUAGGACAGGAAUAAUGAAAUAAGAGCAGAUGAACUCUUAAAAAAAUUGGGUUUUAAGUCCUCAUUUCAUGCAAAAGUCCCUAGCAAGUCCAUUCCUCUCUUUAGCGUCUUCUGAAGGUCUUUGAGGUUCUUCUUUCCCCUCAUGCAACUAACUAACUCUGUGAGUAGUCCCAGUCUGUAUGGGCAAUUGUAGGGUGACACCAUGUGAAGAGGAGUGGUGAAAUCUGGCCUGGAUGGGAGUUGAAAUACAAAGUAUCUGUGGUAGGCUGCCGGCCACAGAGAUCUUUCAGGAACCUGGCCCUUUUGCUUGCAUGACCAACCGGCUGGUGAGGGGAGUUGUAUUUUAUGUGGCAAUCCAGUCCUAGUCUACACUGUGUUUGACAAACUGGUCCAUGGUGUAUAAGUAGUUCUAUUUGUAAAUAAAAUGUUUUAAAUAUAUUUCUUACAACGUGGAGACUGUGAAUUCAACCCUUGCAAAUGGAGGAUAUUGCAGGGAAGGGGAUACAGUGUUGUCCCUGGCACGUUGCAGAUGGGCUUUCGUGCAAGGUGGUGGUAAGAGAGGAGCAUGUGUGCAGCUGUGUACGGGCUGUUUGGAAUGAGCCGACGCCAAUUUCCCCCUUUAUUUCCUUGGCUUUUUGGUCAACUUAGGUCAGCCUCUUAGUACUGUGUUGGCAAGUGAUUCGAAUUCCCGCCUGUUUCCAUUUUCAACCCUAUGUGAGUGAAAGAAAAGUGGAAAGGUGAGACUUCUCCCUGAACCAAGAAUAAAAAUUGUCUCACUGCUGGAGGGGGGGUCAAGUAUUUUGAAGCAGGGAGACCCCACAGCACAGGGGUCCACGUAUCUCCAUGGCCUCGAGGAGCGCCCGUGCCGCUGCCGCAGCGGCACACGCAAAACCCGACACUGGGGGUCGGGUCACUUGCACAGCAAGGUGCAGCCUGGAUCCUGAUUGCAAGUGUCGUUUGCCCCCGCGUCUUAGUUGUGCCUUUUCUUGCAGGGAAUUGCACAUUUCUAUUGCAAAGCCCCAGUAGAUACCCACACGCAUCUCCUCUGCAGGGGUGAGCCCAGUGAAAUUACCAGUUGGCUGCAGUAAAAUGAGCCAGGCAGCUCUGGACUAGAGCUUGAAAACAACUGUUUUGAACAGAAGUUGAUUUUUUUUGUCCCAAAACCAGCUGUUUUGCAUACCUGAUUUUGUUUAAAAUUGGCUUCAGCCUUACACCACUUUAAGUCCUUCAGCACUGGAUGCACAGGAGCGUGCAAUGUGCUGUAAGUCACCCUUGAAAAAUGGGAAUUAAAGCUUCUGCAUUCUCUAGGCAGUUUUUGGAAAGUUUUGUUGCCGGCUUUGCAACGCACGAGGUAGCAUUUAAAUAAAGGUGCUGAUUUUAUACUAAGUGAGCAUCUGGCUCAGGAACUGUUGUCUUCUGGUCCAUCUUUGUGGAGGUGAAAGACCCCACGGUAGUUUUUGUCCCCUCUCUGAGUCCCCACGCUUUUGGCCAGUGGCUCCACAUCCGAGAGGAUUUGAUAUUCAAAAAAAAAUAGACUGGAUCCCCUGGUGAGCAGCUAAUGGAUUGAAACCAGAAACUCCUUUUUCUUCUUUCUCUGUUUUAAAUCAAUGAGGCGCUCCUCAAGGAUAUUGAGUUAAGGGGAUACUGUAAGGGGGAAAAAAAAAGCUGUGUAGUGAGUAGGGGUUUUUUUAUUAACUGAUGGAGCUGAGUGUGAAACGCCAAGAUGUACAUGCCUUUCUCAUAGUUUCAGGCUAUUUUUUUCUGCAUAACAUGCAAGAGUAUCAGAAAUGAUACAUCUGUGAAAUACGUGGUGCUGGAUUUUCAAAAGAGCUCAGCUUGCACUUUAGAUACCUGGAGGGGGGGAAAAGCUGAAUUUUCAAAAAGUGCCAGCAGAGCAGCGCUCAGCAGGGGGGAAGAUGGUUGUUGGCUCUUUUAAAAAUCAGGUCCUAUACUGGGUUGUUUUUUGGGGUUUUUUUGAUCUUUGGUGUGAACUUCCAACUGUGCUGUGUACAUAAAAUAAAUUGCAUGUAACAAUAGCAUUACUACAUUUUCCUUCAUUAUUAAGAUGGCUUGCUGAACUAGUUUCACAAUUCAGUGGAGGCAGAAAUGAAAGCAUGUUCCCCUGGGAAAGGUAGACACCUUUUGCAGGUGCUGCAGCUUUUCUCUGCCAGGUAAGGAGCGUUGCUGAUGUGUCUCAUUGACCUCCCUUGCUCCGUGUCCCUUACGUUGUGAUUUCCCCUAUGCAUCAGUGAGAUGCAUCGCCGAAAAAGGGUAUGAUAAUGAAAUGAAGUGUUUGGCCUGGAGCAGAAAAUCUGGUAUUUUCCAAAUCAAAAGCCUGAAAGCAUGACAAUCCUUGGAGAACAACAGAUCUAGCUUUUGGCUUCAACCAGCUGGUGUGUUAACAUAUCAACCUUCACUCAGGAUUGCUUUUUAUUCAAAGCAAUGUUCAUCUGUGUAAUUUUUGGACAUGGAUGGUCGGUUGUAUUCGCACAGGAGUCUGUGUCCAGAACGUGAAGCUGCUGAGAGAGGUACACAUCCACGGGUAGCUCACACAACGUUAUGUGAAAGUGGUUUGGUGGUCAUCGCACAUGUUCACCUGCAGUCCAGCAUGCAGCGAGUUUUAGGCCGAGUUUGCAAUGUGUCAGGUGAUGGUUGGGCUCCUGGGUGUCACUGGCAAUCUCCAGCCCUUGCACGUGCCAGCCCUGCUGUGUGGUUUCCAAAAAGCACCUUUGUUCUCAAGGAGGUCACAUCCUGCUGGCUUUUGGUGGAGAGCUUUCUCCUAAAAGACUUGCACACAGGGUGUCAGCAGCUCUGGGAUUCACGCAUGUAUUGGCAAGGCUGUAGAGCCCUACUUUGAAAACAUCUUUUAUUCAGUCCAGCCUGGAGGUAGAAAGUGAGGGGCUGAUAUUUGUCUAGUGGAAGUCUUCAGACAAAACACCAUAUCUCCUCUAAGUUGAACUGCUUCUCUAACAGUCUCUGUGCCUUGUGUUGCAAACACAGAUGCACCAUCUUGAUGUUUCUUCCAAGCUUUUAUUCCUACAAUUUCUUUAUUAACACUUUUUCCCUAGAAAGAAAUCCCUACAAUUACACUCUGCCAUAAUCCAUGACCUUACCUGGCUUUAGAUGUUUCAUUGAAUCUGAUCACCCAAGGUCAUGCUGUAGUAUUUCCAGGGGACGACUUGUCCCACUCCUGUCUUUGAAUGGAAUAAAUUGUCCCCUGGAGGUGCCUCUUUCAUGCCAUCAACAUCAAACUUGGUGAUUACCUUCACCUAUACACCUAAAUUUUAGAGGGCUGAGCUUCUAAGAAAACAAUGUUUCUUCCUAAUCCUACAUUUCAGAUAAACUAUCUUAUUUUACAGCUUUCCUAUAAUGGCAGCCCAGUAGACAGACUCAAAACAAAUAUGCCUUUGGCUUGUAGAACUCACUCCCCCCAAAAAAAUUCAAACAUGGAUUUACAGGAAGAUUUGCAAAGGCCCAGAGGGAAGCUGUGUUGCCAAUUCCUGUUGACUUUAGGGGGUCUUCAGGGUGGUGGCCAUGCUCGAGGCUUUUGCCAUUCAGCUCUCUGUAGAAGCUGGCUCUAGGACUGCAGUUUGUGUAUCUUUGGCUUUGCCUAGUCUGAAGAGGAAGGAAGCAUGGAUUGACCUCACUCCUCACUGCUCAUAUCCGAGAUCAAAUACCAGCCUCUCGCAGGAGAAGAGGAAACUGCAACACAGGCUUUCUUACAUGGCUUUUCUCUUGGAAAUAGGACUUUUCACGCCUAGCAGGGUCCUUGGCCAAAGGUGAUGCUGACGCUUUGCUGUUCAGCUUUUCUCCUUGGCCAGCAAGGUGAUUUUGGUCAAAUCACAUCACCUCUCAGAGAUGCUGUCAGCCAUUAAAUUUUUUUUAAAAAAAUGGGGAAAAUUUAACUUGCCAACUAAACUUGGCUUUGGGAGCCGCCAAUGGUAAGAGGUAGGCGCUGGCAGCAGUAUCGGCGCGUGUGGCGCGUGGUGUGCGCGGCGGCGUGUG